UUAUUAGCGGUGUGUGAUCGGACCACAUGCACGAUACAUGUGAACAAAGACCUUCCGCCGAGUCGCCCCUGUUUGCCAGUUCGAUGAGACGGCGAUCGGCCAAGGAUCUCUCAACAAUUCUGAACAUUCAUUAUUUAAGAGUGCGUCCUCGGGGAGACGGUCCACAAAUUGCAAGAAAGUCGCAGAGGAACUUUUGAAAGCUGCGUGGUGCACCAGUUGGGCGACAUACUGAACUGGUGGUACUGACGACUCCUACCAUGUCGUCGUUAACGUUGUUGUUUCUUUUGGUUGCCUGUUUGGUUCUGGUUGGUGGGCAGAAAGGAAAGACUCGAAACUUUCCCAAGAGUCCUUUUCACAGAAGUGGUAAAGUAAGGGGGGUAAUCGCGUCGGACAAAACAUCUGCGGCUCAAAAGAGCCAGCCAUCACAGCAACAGCAUCGAGUUCAACGCCAACAUCGAGCGAAACAUAACAACAACUACAACGCCAACAACAUCAUUAAUGGGCCUCACGGGCAUCAUAGAAAAAUGCCGAAAAACAAAGGGAAAGCUGUUGGAGGUACUUGUCAGGGAAAACAAUACCAGCCCAGAACACACAUCUGUUGCUCAGGUGUUCUGCAACGUCGUCAAGGAAUGCGGCCUGCGUGUUGUAACACUGACGUCUACGACUACGUCUUCGACCUCUGCUGCAACGGAAAGGUCACCAAGCGAACGCUGGCACAACCUGUAUGCUAACGCAAUCUACACCGGACUUUGGCUAACACAAUACCAGAAUUCUGAGCACGGUUUCUUGACUGUAGACACUCAAAGAAUGUCAAAAUGGUGAUUGUUACGCCAGUAUGUCAACAUAUGACAUCGUUGUUGUUUGUUGGAUCGUCUCGUAUUAAAUCUUUGGAUCAUA